GCCCUGGGCACGCUGAACACCGCGCAGCUGCCCGUGGGGGCCUACACCGGCGCCAGGCUCGCGGCCUGGAUCUCCAGCAAUUACGCCUCGGCCACCUACGUGGAGGCUCAGAACUCCAUAGAGGUCGCAAGUGACGGGAACCGCCACAUCUUGUCGGACGUUGAGCUCCGCGACCUCUUCCCCAAUCAACCCGGCUACCCCCAGGGGGCCUACGCCACCAGCCCCCAAAGCAUCAACCAUUUGCUGGGGGGCAGCUACAUCGACGGUUUAUCUCCGUCGAGGGAGCUGGGCAACGCUGCCCACAUCCUGGCACCGCUGGGCACCGACAUAAUUUGCAAGGUGAUCAUCGACAAGGGCGUGGGUCAUGUCAUGAAGGACCAGACGGACGACGGGCACCUGGUGGAGCUGCGGGGCCCGAUCACCCUCCGCACGCUGAAUUUCCGCAUCACCGACCUUGACGGCGACGAGGUCAACACCCGAGGAAAAGCGAAAAUGCCGGAUGAGCACCAGCCCGACCAGGCUGAGGAGGCAGGCGGCGCGGCCGAGGCCCCAGCAGCAGCCACAGAGCCUGUGGAUGCUGGGGAUCUUCCCCCAGUUCCCCCUGCCGGGCCUCCUGAGCCCGUGGUGGCCGUGCCCGCUGCUGAGGGCCCCGGCGGUGAACCGCUACCGCCGGCUGGAGCAGCAGCCGCAGCAGCAGCCGAGGCACCCCGUGAGGAUGACUCCCUCGCAGGAGCGGCGCAUGAGGCAGAUCAGCCGGCAGAACCGCUUCGAGCAGCUGGCCGUGGCUGCCAGCAUGGAUGUCUAAAAGGAACCAUGAUGCCCCUGGAGCGCCGGAACGAGGCGCAGAUGCUCCGAAGUUUCUGGAAGCAGUACCCCUCCUACAGGGUUCAGCCGCUGCUCUACAAGCGCUACAACGAGCUCGUGGAGGCCCGCGCCUUCAACGAGUGGUUGGAGAACAGGAGAAUCCGCAAGGAGGGCGAGGAGUACACCGACGCCGUGGGCCGGCUGACGGACACCGUCAACCGGCGCCUGCCGCAGCUGAGGUACGCCCCGGCGGAGAGGGCCGGCGUGCGCCGC